AUGAAUUUCGAAGAAUUAAUAAAAAUUCUUAAUAAAAACGAUGCUUUUUUAACUAUUAUGGUAGAAUGGGUGUGCUAUUACCAAAAAAUAAGUAGUAAUGUAUAUAUUGUAGAAAACCCACAGUCUCAAGGACGGGAAAAAAGAAGUAUUGUGAUAGCUUUCUCCUCCGUUACAGAUCCUGUAAUAAAGAGUUGUCUCUUUUUAAAAAUGCCUUCUUUUCUUAUGAAAAGAAGGAUAAAAGCAGGAUUGCAAUACCAGUUAAAAAGAUAG